AUGGCCACCCUGUCAUCCGAUGAGAAGGCGCGGAAGCAACCGCAGGGUGAGGUGCCCGUAGGGCCGAAGAACAAGGUUCCCCCUGCCCCCGGCGAGGCCCAUGGGGUCAGCAGCCCCGAUCCCGGGGCCUCCGUCCCCUCGGUCUCGAGCGGUCUUUCUCCAUCGGGUGGUGGCGCCCCACACAGCGGCACAGCAGGUUCCUCUGCCUCCGCCCUGGCUGCCGUCGGCGCCAUUUCGAUCAAUGGCGAGGGCGCGGAUCUGCCCUCCACGGCCCGUGUGCAGGCGAGGGAGCGUGCCGACCUCCAGGGCGGCCGCAGUCCCCACGCUGAGCUGAGAUGUGUGGUGCCCGGAGCGGGCCAAGGUCUCCAGGCCUCACACGCAGGUGGCGUGGGCGCCGUGGUGCAAGCCAUGAGGGGAGUUGGCCAGGCCAGCGGGCCUCCGACCCUGUCCACGAGCCUGGGGAAAGGCCGUGGGAGGAAGCAGCUCGGCCGCAAGGAGACUGCCCAGGCUCAGAAGCCUCCAGGGCGUCGCUGUCUGUUUCCUGGGCUUCUUGCGCCUCAGUGCCCCGUGCCUUCGCCGCCAUCUUCUCCGGGGUCUCAGCCCAGCGGCCGUCGCCGUUCUCGGGCUUCUCCGUGGGGUCAGGCAGCCCAGCCAGGCCCUGCCCUCCGAACCGUGAAUCUGAGCCAGGCCCUGCUCGCCGCCGUUGCCGCCAUGCACCUGAGCCAGGCCCUGCUCGCCGCCGCCGCUACCGCCAUGCACCUGAACCAGGCCCUGUUCGUCGUCGCCGCCGCCGCCGCCGCCGCCGCCGCACACCCCAGCCAAGCCCUGAUCUCCACCGCUGCCGCCGCCGCCGCCGCCCUGCCCCUCGGAGCUGCACCACCCCGCCACGCCCUCCUCUCAGCCGGCAAGCCGCCGGGCCAGGCGUUGGCCAUCGAAGCUUCACCGCUCCGCCAGACCCUGCUCUCCAUAGCCAUGCGUCCGGGUCGGGCCCGGCCCUCCGUAGCCCUGCGCGCGGGUCGGGCCAGGCUCUUCACAGCAAUGCCUCUGCACAAGGCCCUGCUCGCCGCCGCCGUCGUCGCUGCCGUGCCACCCCACCAGGUCCUGCUCUUCAGAGCCCCACAACUAGGCCUGGCGAGGCCCUCUGCUGCCCCGCAGCCCUGCCAGGUCUGGCUCUCAGCGGUCCUACAUCCCACCCGGCUCCUCUUCGCUGCAACGGUGCAUCCUGUCGAGGCCCUGUUCUCCACAACAGAGCUACCAGGCCAAGCCUUGCCCUCGAAAUCCACGCCUCCCCUCCGGGCCCUACUCUCUGCAGCAGCCUCACAGCCAGUCCAGGCCCUGUUCUCCGGAGCCACGCCUCCACACUGGGGCCUGUCCUCCGGAGCCAUGUUACCCAGCAAAGAUCAGCAGUUCGCAGCCUCCCUUCUCCGCCUGGGCUAG